GUCCAAACAAGGAUCUUAGAAGUGGAGGUCAGCAGGGAGGAAGAAGCAUGGCUGCCCUGGUGAGGAAGUCUUGCAGUGCCUUGCACAGUUCUAUCAGCAGGCAUGCACGCUUUGCAAUGGUAUGUAGAUCAAUGGCAUCCAAAACACCAGUUGGAUUUAUUGGGCUUGGUAAUAUGGGAAAUCCAAUGGCAAAAAAUCUCUUAAAACAUGGCUACCCUGUAGUUGCAUAUGAUGUAUUCCCAGAGGCAUGCAAAGACUUCCAGGAUUCAGGAGCCCAAAUCAUGGAUUCACCAGCAGAUGUGGCGGAAAAAGCUGACAGAAUUAUAACCAUGCUACCGUCAAGUGCCAAUGCUGUUGAAGCUUAUUCUGGGUCAAAUGGAAUUUUGAAAAAAGUGAAGAAGGGAUCCUUACUGAUUGACUCUAGUACCAUUGAUCCUGCUGUUUCUAAAGAUUUGGCAAAGGCAGUGGAAAAAAUGGGAGCUGUGUUCAUGGAUGCUCCAGUAUCUGGUGGUGUUGGAGCUGCUCGAUCUGGAAAUCUCACGUUUAUGGUUGGUGGAGUGGAGCAAGAAUUUGAUGCUGCAAAAGAGCUUUUGUCUUGCAUGGGAGCCAAUGUGGUUUACUGUGGGGCAGUUGGUACAGGACAGGCUGCCAAAAUUUGUAACAAUAUGCUAUUAGCUAUAAGCAUGAUUGGAACAUCGGAGACUAUGAAUCUUGGAAUCCGAUUAGGACUUGACCCAAAGCUGUUGGCCAAAAUCCUAAACAUGAGCUCUGGUCGGUGUUGGUCAAGCGAUACCUAUAACCCUGUUCCAGGAGUGUUGGAAGGAGUACCCUCUGCAAAUAACUACCAAGGUGGAUUUGGGACAACUCUCAUGGCAAAGGACUUGGGGCUGGCACAGGACUCUGCAACCGACACCAAAAGUCCAACCCCGCUGGGAUCUCUUGCGCAUCAGAUCUACAGAGUCAUGUGUGCUAAGGGCUAUGCACAGAAAGAUUUCUCCUCUGUCUUCCAGUUUUUGCGUGAGGAUGAGAACUAGUGAACAAUCAUAGAUGGAAAAUUAGAUUUGAAACACUAUUUUUGAACAUCGCUUAGGGUUUUACCGUAUAACCAAUUACAUGAGCUGUAAUCAUUGACCUUCCCCCCCCCCCAUCUUUAGAGGCAAACUAUACUUUGGGAAUACAAAUAGCACAAGUUGUGAAGAAGGAUUUGUUAAGCAUAAAUCUUGUAGUAGACAUGCACAGUACUCCGUUUGCUGGCAUCAGUAUCUGUUGCAGUCUAUAGCUGCACUUCUCUAUGUGGCAGUUUACAUCUCUUCGCAUUCCACUCUUUUACUAACCUUUAAAACAUACAGACCAUGUCACCCUACCAAUAGUUUUAUUUGGAAUACCGCAGAAGGCCUGGAAGACUGGCAAGUGUGGGCUAGCACUUUUUGCGGGUGGUAUUAUCCUAGAUGAAGACUUUGCAGCUUUACCUAUCCUUUUUAUACCUCAAGUGUAAAAUAUUCCUAUAACUUAGUUUCCCUUUAUUAAACAUGUACAUUGUAAAGUGUAAUUACCUACUUAAUCUGUAUAAAAAUAACAAUUAACACUGUUUUACAUGCUAACUGUUUUUACAGGCUAACUUUCUGUCAUAAAACACUUUUGUCAAACCGAAUGAAAAUAGUUGGAAAAUCUUCACAAUUAUUUACCGGCAAGUGAAUUCUGUUCAUGUAUAUCUUGAUACUGAUCUACUAAUACAAAUAUCAGCUUUUACAUUGAAACAAGGCUCUCAAUAGUGUUCUUAAAUGUAUAGGUCAGAUUAGAGGGUGGUGAGUUCUAAAAUUUGGUGGCUAUGUACUUCUGCUGGAUGUGUUUUAUAACACAAUGAAAAUGUGAUCUGUAGAACAAUAAAUAAGUAUUAGUUA